CUCCACAUUGAAUGGUCUCCUUCAGAGACCAGACCACAACCAUCUCCUCUUUUAACUUUUUGCAAAAAAGUUUCCCCCUCCUCUGAAACUUAGUCAUCUUGUCGCUUUCUUUUCUCUUCUCCCCAGCUUGCCCUUGAGAAAGCAAACCACCCCCCCUCCCUAUACAACACCCCUUCCAAAACAAAAAGAGAAUAAGGAAAUUAGACCCCUGUUUCGGUCAGGAUGCGGUCUGUUUUUGCAGGUCGCGCUUGCCUUUACUGCAUGCUGCUGUUUCUGGUUUCAGGGAACACGGUGGAUAUCAAUGUGGUAGUGCUGCUGCCAGUGGAGAGCUCCUACCUGUUCUCCAUGAACAAGAUCAGGCCGGCUAUCGACUACGCCAUCCAGAACCUGGCGGAGAGCCGGCUGAACUUCAGCGUGCGCUACCUGGACUCGGAAUGUGGCAACAAGGCGCUCUUUCACUUGGUGGACAUCAGCAUGCUGCAGAAACCUGAUGUGAUCAUGGGGCCGGUGUGUGACUACGCCGCUGCUCCGGUCGCCAGGCUGGCGUCCCACUGGAACAUCCCCAUGGUAUCGGCCGGCCCUUUGGCCACGGGCUUCGUGCACAAAGUGCCCGAGUAUUCCUACCUGACGCGGGUCUCCCCGUCCUACUCCAAGAUGGGCGAGAUGUUCUUGGCCAUGUUCCGGCGCUACAGGUGGAAGAGGGUGGCUCUGGUGUACGCUGAAGAUUUUGAGGAGAGGACCUGCUUCUUCACCAUAGAGGGAGUCCACGUCGCCUUUGUCGGGGAAGGCUACGAGAUGCAUUCUUUUACAAUCUAUGAUGAGGAGGAUCAUUUCGACCACAUCGUGCAGCAGAUCCAGGAACAUGCCCGGAUUGUGAUUAUGUGUGCGAGUAGUCAGACCAUAAGGAAAAUCAUGCUUGCAGCACAUCGACAGGGAAUGACCACUGGAGACUAUGUAUUCUUCAAUAUCGAACUCUUCAACAGCAGCAUAUAUGGAAAUGGAUCAUGGAAACAAGGAGAUAAAUUUGAUCUUGAAGCCAAAGCAGCGUACCAGUCACUUCAGACUGUGACUCUAUUGAGGUCAGCAAAGCCAGAGUUUUACAAGUUUGCCGCUGACAUGAAAAAUCGAUCGCGUCAUCAGUACGAAUUGACUCCUGAAGAUGACAAUGGUGUAAACAUGUUUGUGGAGGGGUUCCAUGAUGCCAUUGUGCUGUAUGCAAAAGCACUGCAGGAAGUCCUGAAGCAAGGAUACAGCAAAACCAAUGGAUCAAAAAUUGUACAGACCAUGUGGAAUACAACCUUUGAAGGCAUAGCAGGCCAGGUAUCAAUUGAUGCCAAUGGGGACAGAUAUGGAGAUUUCUCAGUGAUAGCAAUGACGGAACCUGGAACAGGAAAUCAAGAGGUAAUAGCUGACUACUAUGGUUUGAAUGGAACCUUUGAACUCAGGCCAAAUGUAAGGCUUCUUUGGGCAAAUGGAAUGCCACCUCCAGAUGAACCUAGCUGUGGCUUUACGAAGGAACAUUCUGCUACCUGUAAAUCAUGUGGGCUUGGAGAGUCUGCAGUCACUGGCAUUGUAGUCGGCUCAUUGUUGGGAUGUGCAUUGCUGCUGGCAUUUUACUUGUUCAGGAAGAAAUAUCGGAUAACUAUUGAAAGACGUGCACAAUUGCAUGAAGUUGACAAUGGUAAGCAUCACCAUUUGAGAGAAGACUCUGUCCGAUCCAACCUGUCAACAGCCUAAACUGUAAAAUUGAAUCUUCCUUCUUUUAAACUUGCAACUUUUAGGGAGGUUUACCAAAGGUAUCACUGCAAACAAAAGGUCGAUAAGAAAUGCAUUCUUUUGAAGACAAGGCUAUUAGUAUGUCAUAGAUUUUUUUUGUUGCUUUUGAAAACUCAGGAAUAAUUCAUAUAUUACACUGCACCACUGUACUGGAAGCUUCAUCUCAUUGAAGAUGAUAAAAUGUGAUUCAGCCUGUUUCAUAGAGGCCAGCAAUGACUUGCACUGGCAACCUAAAAAAAUCUUCAAAAGAAGAUAUUUUGUAGUUGUUUAUCCCAACAGAUUAGUGGGAACUGUCCAGUAUCCAUCCUUAAACUUUACAGAAUAAAAUUGCUCUUAGAGCCAAUAUAUCUUAGCAAAGUUCAUGAAUUCUUAAAUCGUAGUAACAGAUGUAAAUUUUUUUUUAGAAACAUUACUAUUAAAGGGUAAAAUUUACCUUUGGAUAUAGUUUUGUGUGAAUGCUUAAGGCAUUUAAAUCAAAUUUCUCUCUUGACUGUAACAACAAAGGUGUUCAUUAUCAAUGAGCCUCUUUUUUCAGUAAAAUAGCAGAAAGCAUAUUUGAGACAAGCAUUAAGGAUUCAUUCAUAAUAUAGGUGAUAGAAAUUACUACCCCUGUACAGUUUAAAAAUAUAUUUCAAUGGAUCCGUCUAUGUGAGUUUCCUAUAUUACACAUUAAAAAAUUGCAAUUUGUAGAUUGCAGUUAUUGCAUAUGCCAUAGAAGGCUCACUGAACUAGGCUGCUGUUUGCUGUGUUAUAAAAGUUAUUUCCUUUAUUGGACAUGAUAGCUAAACCUUCAGCAAUGGUUAAUGACAACAAUAACUUGCAUUUAUAUAGUACUCUAAAUGUACAAACUGGCUGAAAGUGCUGUACCAUUGUUAAUCCAGUAUGUUUGAUCGCUCUGUCAUACUUGUAAACUGUAAACAGUCGCUUAAUCAUUGGCAGCUAAGGAUCAUCUGUUUUACACAAUAAUUGCUGAUUUCAUUUACCAAGGAUUGUAAUCACAACAAUUUUGAAAACUAUGAUGCAGAGUUAGGAAUUAGUUAUACAUCUCACAUUAAACUAUAUGGACUAUAAAAUGAAUAUUGACUUUCAACAUUGACAGUAAGGAUUAUUUACAUUUGAAUAAUUUGGGAAUACUGUCUUAAAGGGGUAUACCAUAAAUAAGUCAAUAAUUGAUAUUUUUAGACUAUAAUAAGAAAAUAUUAAGCAAUUUAUAGUAUUUUCAAUAAUAUGCUAAAUAAUAUCUUGUAUAUAUUAAUUAAUUUGAAAACACUUGUACAGUGGUAGGGAAGAUGAAUCUUUCAUGGUCGUUUAAAAUAAGUUUCUUAAAACAUUAUUCAAGUUGAUUUAUUUAGAUGCUAUUGUUUGUACGUUAGUGGGCAGUGAGAAUGUAAACAAAGUCCUAUAAUGACCUUAUUGUGGAUGGCAGAGAAAUUGGUUACCUAUGUUGACAGACACAUAUACAUAAUAUAUAGUAUACUUGUCACGGUGCAAACAUUGUGGAAUAUUCCAAGUUAAUUGUGCCUCGUAUUCACCUCACUAGAUUCUAAUCGCUACAUCAAGAUUUAAGCAAGUUGUACCAUAUUAAUAAUAUGGUCGGUGUAUAGACAUUUAAUUUCAUAGUACAGUGGUUACAUUUGCUCAAUUUAGUUUAUUAAUUGUUUCUACAAGUAAAUAAUGCUCAUUUGGCCCUGAAAUAUACUCUGUUUAAGUGUAAAUACUGUACAUCUGAUGUGUUUUUAGCAUAGUCUGAUGGAUUUUGUAACGUAUUAUGCCAUCAGAAAAUGGCUGUGAGUUUAUAAUAUAACUUUCAAACCAAUUGCAAAAACAAACCUGGUUUUUAGAAAUGAAAAGUCAUUAAUCAAAAAAAGCAUUAAAAAAUCCCUUCAUAAAUGUAUAUUUGAAGUAUGUGUGGAGUACUGAAGGUGUAUUCCAAAUUAGAUCUGAUCACUUUCAUCAGGCUUUCUUCAAAUGAGAUCAUCACUUCGAAAUGAAAGACCAAUGCACCUGAAUUCGAAGGAAAAACCAUUUAUAUACUGAAGUAAAGAUUUCAUUGGUUUUUCUGUAUUUCUAUCACUUCCAGCAUGUACCACUAAAAGUGUUGUUAGCAACUGAUGAUAUGAAAUGGGCUGCCAAUAUUCAGAUUAUGAGCUGCUGUUUUUAAAUAUGUAAUUAGAAAUGGAAAGAAUUUGUAUUAAAGUUUAGCAAUUUGAGAAUACUGGAAAAAAAAAUGUUGAAUGCUGAUAGGUAUGGAUGUUUGAAGUGCAAAUGCAAGGGUGCCAUACAGUAUAACAGUAAUAUACUGACCUAAGUAGAAAUAUCUGCAUAUAAUGUGAUAUUUAUUUAACAGUUGUGUAGAAUUUAAUAUUCAUAACUGUAGAUAGUUUUUUUUUUAAAUUACCAUUGUGUUAUAUAUUCAUUCUGGUUGUGUUGGUCAGUUUUAGAUUGCCUAUACCCUGUAUUGUACCAUUUUGUCUAUUAAACUUAAUAAUGUGUAAAUGUCUUUGUAAGCUGUUUUGUUUUCUGUAAACCAACACGUGGUAGAUUAUUCACAGAAUAUUAGAGCAAAGCAGAUAUUGGCAAUAAAAUAAUGUAGAAAUGAAAA